AAGAAAAACAUUAGCGUAGUGCAAAGCGAUAGUUUUACAUGAAAAACGGAUGAAAAGGGACUAUUUGUAGCUGUAAAACGUUGAAUUUAUGUGUGUUGAAUGUACUAAACGUAACACCGUAUGUGAUAAGAAGAUAACCCGUAUGGUUUAAGGUCUCUUUUAGUGGACGCAAAAGUGUUCCGUGUGCUUCCGUGUUUGUUUUGGUAACGUUGGUCGUGGGAAAACGGAAACAGGAAAACCCAAUGCGAUCGUGAUUCACCAACGUCGCUGGGAGAUAUAUUCUAUUCUGCUGAAACUCAAACGGUUACCAGGACGGAACCAUGAUCACAUUGGCCCGGAAGAAGAAAGAAUCCAACAGUGGCGGUGGCGGAGGUAACGGUGGAUCCGCCACGGGUCCGAACGGUGCGGGGACACUGUCGGACGCCCCGAAGCGGAUAUCCAUCCGCGAGUUUCUGCUGGUAAAGGAGGUGCAGGAGCUGGAACAGAACCUACCGACCACCUGCAAAGUCACGUUUCACGAUCCGAACGUGCUGAGCGAGUUCACACUAGUCAUCACGCCGAGCGAAGGGUUCUGGUGUGGCGGUCGCUUUAAAUUCAGCGUGCUCGUACCCGAGGAGUACAACAUGGCGCCACCGAAAGUCAAAUGUCUUACCAAACUCUGGCACCCGAACAUUUCCGUCGACGGUGACAUCUGCCUCUCGCUACUCAGACUGAACUCGAUCGAUGGGCUCGGGUGGGCCCCAACGCGCCGUCUAAAGGACGUUAUCUGGGGCCUCAAUUCACUAUUCACCGAUCUGCUUAACUUCGACGACCCGCUCAACAUCGAGGCGGCAGAACAGUAUUCCAAAGACAAGGAACGCUUCCAGGCGAAGGUGCGCGAAUAUGUUUCUGCGUACGCGCGGAGAUAAUGAAUCGAGUCAUGCUGCCCAGAAGAAUGAACACCCUCCGGACUGGGCCUCAAGAAGCGACGAGAGACAUCGAUAGACUGAGGACGAUAUUUGUUUGACCAGAGUUUCCUUGAUUAGACUUGUAUUGUUGGUGAACCAAAUCGAAGGACAUGGAAAAACUUAGGGAAGAUCACACUGCUGCUGGACAUUUAACUAAUUGACGAAACCAGCGAGCGCGAAGCACUGCACACUAUCGACUAUCUUCAUUUUUAUGUUGAAGAAAAGAACAUGCCGCUCGUUUCCAGUUGUUAUUUUUUUUAAUCCUCCAAUUUCUUAAAGCGUUGUUAAGUAUUUUUGAUUCUUUUCUGUAUUAUUUAGUGAUAACUUUUUUUGAAAAUUUUAAUUCU